CUCGGCGUCACAAUCUCCUCGUUUCUCACGAAGAAAGGAUAUUCGUAUUCAAUAACUGAGCAUCAUGUCUGGUCGCGGAAAGGGUGGUAAAGUUAAGGGAAAGGCGAAGUCUCGUUCCAACAGGGCGGGACUGCAAUUUCCCGUGGGUCGUAUUCACCGAUUGCUGAGGAAGGGAAAUUACGCCGAACGCGUCGGCGCUGGUGCGCCAGUUUAUCUGGCUGCAGUCAUGGAGUAUCUCGCCGCUGAAGUAUUGGAGUUGGCCGGCAACGCCGCUCGUGACAACAAGAAGACCAGGAUCAUCCCUCGUCACUUGCAACUCGCCAUCCGCAAUGACGAGGAAUUGAACAAACUGUUGUCCGGUGUAACCAUUGCUCAAGGUGGUGUUUUACCGAACAUCCAGGCCGUGCUGCUACCCAAGAAGACCGAAAAGAAAGCAUAAUUGUAAUCUGGCAUUCCAUCAUACAAAUGGCCCUUUUCAGGGCCACCAAAUUUAUAACGCGGGAAUAAUUUUACCUAGCAUAAAUAUCUAUCCCUAACAAUGCUUAUAUCGCUUUCCUUUUCCUAUUUAACAGAAAUUGUUGAUCUCGUAUAAAAUGUUUCCUGUAUAUACAACGUAUACCAUUCACUUAUUGUA